GUAGGGAGGAGUGUGUGCGGGGGAGGGGGCGUGUGCCAGUGCCCCAAGGUGUGGGGCAGCACGGCUUGCGCUGAUGUCGUGCAUGACAUCCAGCCGGGUCUGCAAACCCUUGCUCCCGGGCAGUGGGCCUUCUUCCAAAUCCAGGUGACCCAGCCGAACACCAAGCUCCUGAUUCAGAUGGAGAGGGCAGCAGGGGAUCUUGUCUUAUUCGCCAAGCGCCAGGAGCAGGGCUUUCUGCCCUUCGGCAUGCCCACCGUCUUUGACUUCAACGGCUUUGCCGACAUGGACUCCUUCCGCCAGCGCCUCGACCGCCACCAAAUCGUCUGGAACCGCACUGAAUCGGGGAUCGUGCUGGUGGCCGUACUGAACAACGACGUGGAUUUGAGGGAGACGGGCGGGUUUCGGCUGGAGUAUCGGCUAGCAGUGGGGAGGGAGGGCAGGGCGCUGUGCCCAUGGGACUGCGGGUGGCCUGCGGGGUUCUGCCAGGCGCUGACGGCGGAUGGAGGGGGAGGUGGGGGAGGGGGAGGGGUUGGGGGCGCGGAGACGCAGGAGACGGGUGGGUUCCGCCUCGAUUAUCGGCUGGCUGUGGGGCGCGAGGGCAGGGCGCUGUGCCCGUGGGACUGUGGGUGGCCUGCGGGGUUCUGCCAGGCGCUGGCGGUGGAUGGAGGGGGAGUUGGGGGAGGGGGAGGGGGAGAUGGGGGCGCGGAGACGCAGUGCGUUUGCAACCCGCACUCUGGAGGGAGCUUCUGCCAGGGAGGCCUGCAGACAGCAGAGCUGGGCAAGGCAGUGAAGGGCGUGCUGCCUCCGGGGCGAUGGACGUACGUGCAGUUCACCUUCGACCCCACCACCAACAAGCAGAUCGUCAUCAGUUUCACCCGCAAGGGAGGCCAAGCCAGUCUAGUAGCAAGGCAGGGAGCCGUGCCCUCUCUAUUAGAGAAUGACUACCGGUUCACGGUGCGGGUGACGAACGACACGCUGGUGUCUCUGUUUGACGUGGUCAACUCGUCGCUGGAGGGGCCCUACACCUUCGGCAUCUUUAACCUCAACUACUACGUGCACCAGCAGUGCGAGUUUGAACUCGAAUUCAAGUACAAAGACUCCCCCAGCUUCUUCGACUCGCCAUACAUAAUCAUAAUCUACGCGGUUCUCGCCUUCCUGCUGCUCGUGCUCAUCGUCAUCGUGCUAAGAUGCGUCAGCCGCCGCCCGCCCCCCGCCGCUGCUGACGUGGAGCUCUCCGCUCUCGGUGACAUGGACAGGCACGUGGAGGCGGUGCCAACAGGCGUGGACAGGGCGCUGGUGGAGUCGUUCCCGCUGGUCAAGUUCCGAGACGACCUCUUUGAGUCCUCUGAUGACGCGCACUGUGCGGUGUGCCUGGCGGACUACGACGAGCAGGAGAGUCUGAGGAAGCUGCCGGCAUGCAGCCACUACUUCCACGUGUCGUGCAUCGGGGAGUGGCUGCGCACGCGCUGCUCCUGCCCCCUCUGCCGCCGCUACGUGCUGCUGCAGCCGCCACAGCCCCAGCAGCCAGAACAGCCACGGCAGGCAGCGCAGCCCUCGGCCUUGCAAGCAGAGCAGGCAGGGCCACUGACGCAGCCCACACAGGCGGAGCAGAACAGCCGGAGGUGUGCGGAGGAGGGUCAGUCGGAGCAGCUGCUGCCAACGCAGUUGGGGCAGAGCAACGAGAGGUCUGAGGAGGAGGAGUCGGAGCAUGGAGAGGAGGAGCAAGUGGCAGAGCAAGGGCAAAAUGCACAUUCACAUGGGCUUAUAGAGGGCAGUGAGAUUAUACAGGGUGCUGGGGAGGAUUGUGCUGUGCAGCAAAAUGGGUGUGGGGGAGUUGUAUCUGCCAAGGAGCAACAAGGGGAGGCUCAGGUGGAUUUGAAACAGCGGCUACAGGAGAAUUAUCAGCAACGGCAUGAGGAGCAGGUGGAUGGUGAAAGGGAUGGGCAGUGGCAUGAAGAGGAGAGACUGAUGAAGCGGGAGGGGGAGGAGGGGAUGAAGCAGGAGGCAUGUGAAGGGGAGAAUGAUGUGAUUUAUAACCCAGAGCCAGCUCUAGAAGGCUUGUUGGAAAGAGAUGGAAGGCAGCAUGGGGAGCGGCAUGGGGAAGUUAAUGCAGAUCGGGCUGAACAUGCGUGCAUUAGCAGGAUGCCAUAA